CAAAGGUGAAUCGCAAGGUAUUAUGCGUGCCUACAAGGCCUAUCUUUCGGAGCGAUUGUUUAGGAAUAAGGUCUUAUUUUAGUCUUUAUUUCCGAGGCAUAGAUGUCGGAAUUCGGAGUGUGGGAAAGGGAAAAGCGGUGAAUUCACACGCGUGGCAAAAGUGAAGUCAACAACCACACAGCCAGAUAGGACGAGGGCGGCAAUGGAGGCGAGAGAGAAGUAGAUAGAAACGGAGAGACGGGGAGAGAGAAAGAAAGAGGGUGUGAGUGAGAGUGAGAACAUGGACCUAUGUCCAUGGUGAGAAGAAGGUUAGACUUGAUACUUGAUAGACAAUAAUGUGAAAGAGGAGAAUAGGGGAGAGGUAGUGAGAGAGGGAGGGAUAGGGAUAUAAUGCAACGGUAUUUGUUUGAGUGUGUGUGUGUGCGUGAGGUUGUGUGUGAGUACGCGGGGGUGUGCGUGGUGUGGAUGCUUGCCUCUGUGAGGAAUAAAGAGAAAGAUGGAAAGGAAUGAAGAGAGAGAGAGAGAGAGGGAAGAAAGGAAGUUUGUGAUGGGUAAUGUGUACAUAUAGGUUCGGGAGAAACAGACAUAGAUUUAAAAGGAACAUUGCAGUAGACAAAACUUCCCUGUUUGUUCACACUAUGAAACAAUUACAAAUAUUUACCUUUUGAAAAUGUAUUCACCUGCUUUCACGUGGGAAUAUUUAUUUCCAAUUGACGUUCCCUGUGUGGUAUAAAGACAGGAAAGCAUGAUAAAUAAUAAUCAAUUAUCACAAUCACAUUUCACCCUUGGUUAACAAAAUAAAAUAGAUUUUUAUCAAACGAAAAUAGGUAAAAGAGGAAUAAUUUUGAAGAUUCCCACCGCUGAAAUGGUGAGAAUGUGAUUUACGGUGACUUUUGAAAUUAAAUCUCACAGAAUAAAGCAAAGUUGACAAUCUUUGAUUUUAAAUUUGGCAGUCGUUCCCCAGGUUAAUGUCGUGGCAUUCAGUUGAAUCUGCCCCCAUUUUCGGUGUCAAUAUUUUGCUGUUCUAUUUUCCACUCAUAUUUAUAAACUUAAGGGACAGAUUCAAGCCUUUUGAAGAUCCAUUUAAAGAGUGAAAUUCUGGACUUCUUGAGAGUGAAUUCUCAUCUUGAAAGUAUUUUUUUUCUUCAGAGGUACAAAGAAGAGAAGGGAACGAUGUCCAAUGAAGAGCAGCUCGCAUCUCGCCGGUCAUCGAAGCCCCUGAUGGAAAAACGACGUCGUGCUCGUAUCAAUGACAGUCUUCUUCAGCUAAAGAAUCUAGUUCUUGAUGCUCUCAAUAAAAACAAUCCCCGUCAUUCUAAACUUGAGAAAGCUGAUAUUCUAGAGAUGACCGUCCGAUAUCUACGAUCGAUCAACCGGCAGAAUCUUCAUGAAGGCAUUGGUUCACAUAACGAGGAAGCAAACCGUGCCCAGUACCAGACCGGAUACACAGAAUGCCUACACGAGGUUUCCCGGUAUCUAGAUGCCACCAGUCUCCCAAACAACGCCUCCAAUCAAACGGACGUACUUCGAAAUCUGAUGAACAGGGAAGCUAGCGAGCGCCAUCUUCAAACAAGUCUCUUAAACCAUCUCGUUACGCAGUGUACCGAUUGCGAUAGAUCUGAAGAGCACGGGAUCGUUCAAGGGCAGAAAAUGGUUGCUGUCCCUCCAAACGUAGACCGACAAGCUCCAAAUAACGUAGGUCAUUGUGAUGUCCCCAAAUUGCACUUCUACAUGGCUGGCGAUCUCCCUUCUAUGACGUCACAUGAGGUGCCUGUAGCGUAUGCUCCGAACACGAAAGGAAAUAGUGCAAGAGGUGAAGUUCAGGCUGGAGCAUCGCCAUUCAGUGUGUUUUGUGAAAAGGGGGCUUUAGCUCCGGUUGAUCCGACAGCUUGCCCUUCGGUCAAUCCGACUGGCCCGAUAGUGGGCGACGGGAUUAGGCUGGUCUUACCAAGGAAUCUUGUUUAUUCGGGCCAAAUACCGACUCAUGUGAUCCCGGUAUACGCUCCCACGAUCUCUACAGCACAGAUGCAGCCAUCGACUGUCCUUUCCAACGUCCAAUCUCCCUCGACGUCAUCCUCGACUAGGAUCCUUGAUCCCGUUGCCCCGAGUGAUGGGCAUCCAUCUAAGUUAUCAGGGAGUGACGUUACGGCAGCGAAUAGCGGCUCCUCUUUCAUCACCGCACCACCACCCUCAACUCAUCAUCCCACUCAAAGCUCCGCGCUGAAUUGGAUGAAAGGGCAAAGUCAGAGUGUGACCUCAAACCAGUCUUCUGCACCGACCGUUACUAACAAUUGCUACUUGAACAAAGUCAUGUUGAAUGACCUCAAAUCACAUGAACAAAAUUCAUGUGUGACUCUGUCUUCAUUUACUACUUCUAGCCCUAUUUCUUUAUCGUCGUCAUCAUCAAUAUCAUCACCAUCCUCGUCAUUGAUAACGUCGGUAUCACCGGCACAUGACCUCACACAACACAAUUCAGCAAUAAACACUUUGACUGCACAAUCAUCACAGCCUCGGUCACAUUCGCAUCAAGCAAAUGCAAAAUCUAAGACCGAGAACAAAACUUCAGCCACACCACCCUACUCCGACAAAACUUUUUGCUGGACUAUGACUCCUACACAGACUUCUAUUUCCCCAACAACAACUACAACCACAGGGCUCAUGAGUGUCCAUGGCCGUGAUGGCACCCAGUCUAUUACCCAGCGUAAGAUAACUACCAGUAAAACAUUUCGACCACCAUCCGCUAAUGCAAUCGCACGAAAGCGCCAACGAACCAAGACUUCUCACGAUACACACCCAUCAGGGGUGCGAAAUGCUACCCCUCCCGCACACCUCCCAAAUACAGAUAAAGGUGCAAAGAAGAUUGGCACCUCCCGGUCCGACAUGCCACCGGUCCGUUGUCGAUCACCUCUUCGUUUUAUCCCUGACCAACUAUUCGGUCUGCCUCCGGGGUCUCGCACAUCAGACGGCUGCCCGGAUAGAAAUGAAAAUGCUCCGCAAGCAGGGCGUGACGUCAACGCUUCUGGGUUUAGUCGUGAGGUCGCUUGGCGUCCUUGGUAA